ACCUAAUGAACGUACCCUUCGAGCUUAGGGGUACACACCAGCACCUGCCCUCUCGUAUGGCACCCUGCCCCUCGCCCCGCGUCCUCACCCCUGAUUAACGAACCAUGAGCCAUCCUGAGCUUUCCCACGAGCACGAAAAGCGAGGUGCCAAUCACGUUACCGCCACGCGCCCCUCCCUAAAGAUCAGUAAAGACUCGCAUUCCAUUAAAAAGCCGCCGCCGUCGUCCCCUCCGUCAUCGUCGUCCUCCGUCGGCGGUGCCGCUGCGGCCUCUAAGCCCCACCAACAGCGCCACCCCGUCAUCAUCUACACCCACUCGCCCAAAGUCAUCCACACCCACCCCCGCGAUUUCAUGGCACUCGUCCAAAAGCUCACGGGCCUCUCCCACUCUGCCUCCGACGACGAUGCCCCGCCGCACGCGGGGGCAGAUAAGGAGAGCAGGAAUGCCAAGGGCGGUGCCGGCGACGAGAAUGACACGUCGUCAGUGAUUACAGAGGAGAACGGCUGCGAUUUGCGCGUGAAUUCUGCAAAUUGUAUGGUUCCCCCGUUUUUUGAGUCGGCGAUGGCGCCGACGAUGAAUCCUUACCUCUGUAAUAUGCCGUUUCUGGGAGGGACCUCGACGGAUUUCUUGUGCUCAAACCAGCAGCAGCCUUUCUAUAAUAGCUACAAUGAAUCAUUGAUUUUCAGUGGGGCUCCUAACAUGAGGAUGAUGAGCUCCAUAUCGUCAUCUUCUACAUUGGACGGACUCAGUGAGUUUCGCGAGUUUUAGGAUACAUAGCUUCCUUCCAUUUUGGCGAAUUGAUAUAAAUAUUAGAAAUGUCAUUUUUUGGGUUUUAAUUUUUCAUUUGUUCUUAAUUAUUUAAUAAAUUAAUCACUUAUUUUGACAACAAA